AUGUCAGAGGUCUGCAAUCUUUCUGCUGCCAUCGUAGCUGGAUCUGAAGAAAGUUCGUAUGUGAUCAAGGUAGAUGGGUACUCAAGUAUCAAGGAGCGAAUCAAGCAUGGCAAAUACGUGAAAUCUAUCCCAUUUACAGUUGGAGGUCACAACUGGGUUGUGAGGUAUUACCCAAACGGUUGCCCCGCUGAAAAUCUUCCCUAUUCUAUAUCUGUUUUUCUUGUUCUUGAUUCAGUCAUGGCCAAGGAUGUGAAGGCGAAAGUUAGAUUUAGCCUACUCGACAAGGAUGGGGAAGCAGUGGCGUCACAUAGCCGUACCACGGAUGAAAACAUCUUCCCUACCAAAGAUUCAACUUGGGGUAUCCGUGAUUUUAUAAAGAAGGCUGAUCUUGAGAGUUCAGUUCAUCUAAGAGAUGACAGUUUCAGCAUCAGAUGCGAUGUUACCGUCGUGAGGCGUAUCCACAAAGGCAGCCGGUCAGUUUCGGUUCCUCCGAGCGACUUGCAUCAGCAUCUUGGCGAUCUCUUAAAGAGCUGGGAAGGAGCAGACGUGACCUUUCAUGUUGGUGGGCAAUCUUUCUCGGCUCAUAGGUCCGUGCUCGCCGCCCGGUCAUCCGUCUUCAGAGCUGAGCUCUUCGGCCCCAUGAAGGAGAAUUCCGGCGGUCCAAUUGAGAUCAGCGACAUGGAAAGCGACGUGUUCAAGUCCUUGCUGCACUUCAUAUACACCGACUCACUGCAUGUUCAUGAGACGACUCCUGGAGGUGAUGCGCAAAGCAACGGCGCGAUGGCUGGCCAUCCACUGGUGGCGGCGGACAGGUACAACAUCGAGAGGCUGAAGCUGAUAUGCGAGGAGAGGUUGUGCGACCUAAUCGACACUGACAUUGUGGCGACCAUUUUAGCUCUAGCUGAGCAGCAUGGCUUCCAUAGAAUCAAGCAAAGUUGUUUCGAGUUCCUCGCUUCUCCUUCCAAUCUGGAGGCCAUGAUGGCAACUGAUGGCUACGAGCAUCUUAAAACAAGCUCCCCGUCUGUUCUCAAGGAGCUGGCUGCUAGCUUCCUGCCGGCCGAGCUGAAAGCAGAUCCUUCGCCUUUUCAUACACCUAUUUCUCACCCGUCUGAUGAGUUGUCUGCUUCACCUGGCACUCCACAAGGGAAACCGGGUGUAUGCAUUGCUUCUCUGCAAUCGUCUCCUGCUUCUAUCAGAGAUGUUCCUAUUAGAGAUGGCUCUGAGUCCACAAGGGGUACUGGGGUGUUUCUUGGAGGCCGAUAUUCUAAACAGAAGGUGAUUGAUUAUGGCGGUAUUCCGGAGGCGAUAGUUCUUGGUGUGCGAACAAGUGAGCGCAUUAAGGCCCAGCCGAAUGCCGAUGCGACUCAGCUAGAGCGGGCUCAACAGAAUGCUCAGGCUCGGGAGGACAUCUUAUAUUCAGUUUUUGUUAAUGUGGCAUUACCAGGUUUUGAUGCAGUGAAAUGUCAGUCGACCUUUCUCAACGGAGGUGCUAGUACACUAGUAGCUGAGUGA